AUGUUUCCACCGGCACGUAUUCGUAGCUGCCUUCCAGUUAUGAACCCUCUGUUUCGCCAGAAACUACGACCACACCGUCCCUUCCGACAAACAUCGACACUGCACAAUCAAACAAAGAAUACGCAGAUACAAAAGACGAAAUGGAUGAAUCUUCGCUCGAUCAUAACACGGUGGGUGCCUAUUGGCAGCGUUAUUUACGUCGGUUGGUGCUAUAUACGAGCCAGCAUUGACUAUGAAGUUUCGAAAGUGGAAAUCCGAUUUUACGAAAUGUUUCCAUUCCGUAUUACGAGUCGACUCUGGGGUCGUAUUGCAGCGUGCGAGCUUCCAGUUUCAAUGAGAAACUUCGUGUACGGAACUUACGCGCGGUUGUUUAACGUGAACAUGAACGAAGCUGCUAUACCUGACAUGACAUACUACAAAAGUUUGUCAGCUUUUUUCACGCGUCCUCUCAGAGAAGGUGUCCGUUAUAUAUCCCCUGCUCCCUGUGUGUCCCCUUGUGACGGUGUCGUGUUAAACUGUGGCCCCGCAGACACGGAUAAAAUUGAACAAGUAAAAGGUGUAACAUACAGCUUAGAAGAGUUCCUGGGUGACAAUAAGUGGUCAAAACGGAAACUCAACAGUUACUAUGAGUCAUUGUUGACAAACAAAGAGAAUAUACUGCAUCAAUGCAUAAUUUACUUAGCGCCAGGUGAUUAUCAUCGCUUCCAUUCUCCUUGUGAUUGGACUUCUACGUUUAGGCGUCACUUUUCCGGUAAACUCCUGUCAGUAAACCCAUGGAUGGCGAAACUCAUCCCCGGCCUUUUCACUAUGAACGAAAGAGCAGUUUAUGUUGGUGAGUGGAAGCAUGGUUUCUUUAGUAUGACUGCUGUUGGGGCAACAAACGUGGGAUCUAUAGAAAUAUACAAAGAUCCAGAUUUACAGACAAAUACUAAAGGUAAACGCAACCGCAUUAACGAACAGGACCUAGGCCAGUUGGAUAUUAAGAAAGGUGAACUGUUCGGCCAAUUCAAUAUGGGUAGUACGAUAAUUUUACUGUUUGAAGCACCCAAAGAUUUUAAAUUUGAAUUCUCUUCUGGUGAUCGUGUAUUAGUUGGUCAAGCUUUGACAAUGGCAUCAAAAGAACAGACGAGAUGA